UGACCGUCCCGUCCGCCGCCCGCCGCCCGCCGCCCGCCGCCCGCCGCCAGCCCUGCGCGCCCUCCUGCCCAGGACACCGCCAAGUCGGGCCUUUUCCCCAUCCUCCGUCUGCCAGUCUUUCUCUUUUAAUCUAGGGGCGUAGCUGCUGCAGGAAAUCAUGGUGUUCGCUCCAGGUGAGAAACCUGGAAAUGAGCCUGAAGAGGUGCAGCUGCAGAAUGCCAGCAAACAGAUUGUGCAGAAUGCAAUCCUGCAAGCCGUGCGGCAAGUCUCCCAGGAGAGUCAGCACAGGGAGGAGAGAAUCAGCGAUAGCCGGAACCACAUCCAGCUGGGUGUUGGGGAGUUAACCAAGAAGCACGAAAAGAAGUAACAUGGUGCAUGUGCUCUUGACAUGUGCUCGGUUUCUAGCCUUCCUCUUAGUACAGGACGCAUCACCAAAAUGUUGCCAAUAAAGUAAACCGAAGUGUCAUCAGCACCUAGAUGUAGAAUGAAUUCGCACUAGCCCCUGGCUGAAAAGCACUGUUUUGAAAAAGUGCAUUAGAUGAUUCUGUUCUAUUUAUGCAGUGCCUCUGAAACAUAGUGGGGCCAAAUAUGACACUGUAAUUGCAAAAGUAGUUUUGCAGGCCAAUGGAUUUUUAAAGUUCUUUUAUUUGAAAGAAAGAAUUCUAUAUCUCAUUUAUUUGCUUUUGCCUUUUAUGUGUUCCUUCUGUGAAUUUAAAAGGCUGUCUUUUUGCUGAAAUACUGAGUUCAUUACUGAGUUCUUUAUAUUAAAAAGGCAUGCCGGAAAGGUGAGGGAAUGGAGUUUUAGUUACCUUCGAAUGUGAAAUUGAAGGCUUUUAUAAAGUGGAUUCAGGUCUAAGAUCAAGUCAAGCAAAGGCAAAUUCUAAGAUUGAGUCCCUUGGGAUCAUGCCAAGGCAUAUAUUAAUAUUUAUGUUAUUUUAAGAAAGGGAGGAAUUUAGGCUUUUCAAUAGCUCAGUCUUUUAGUCUCAAUUCUCUGAAUAAUUUAAUAAUUGGUGUUUAUGCUCUGUGUAGAAAUCUUUUGGGAAUAUGGAUUUCUUUUCUCAUCUUAAGAUUCAGUAAAAUAAGUGAGUCUACAUGUGUGAGUUGCCAAUAACUCAAUUCCUUAGAAGCUUCAUGGAGAAUGGCUAGAAUUGUGUAUUUCUUUAACAGCUGCCUAUCUUUGAGAGACUUAUACUUGGGACUGACUAUGGAAUGCAGCAUCCUUGGAAGGGAUUCUGAGGCCUUACAAAUGCUGUUUUGCCACCAGACUAUGUAUCUGCAUUAGGACCUUACUAACUUUUCCCAUCCACAAAUUAAAAUUAUUUUUUUGAGAUUAUGAAAAUCAUUCAGGUCAGGAAUACAUGAGAAUACAGUGGGCACAGUAAAGCGGCAGUGUUGUGAAUGCAGUGACAGAGAUCUGUGUGUACAUUUGUAAUAAAGGCAUCUGUGCAGCAACAGGGUCAAUCCCUGCUCCACUUCUGUGAGGAGAAUGCGCAUAUUUCUGGAAUAUCUAGAGUCCCAUUUCCUGGGCUUCACAAAAGUUAUUGAAUUGGUACUCUUGGGGACAGAGAAAGAAUUUGACCGUGGUUAAAAACCCUCUGGUUUCAGAGUAUCAAUAUCUACAUUUGAUUUCUUUUUAAAGCAAAGUAUUAGGGCAUAAAGUAUGACAUAUUAAAAUAUACUUCUAAAAUUCCAAAACACUACAGUUUCAAGAAUAAAUAUUUGGAUAAUUGAUAAUGAAUGAAAAAAAUAUCUUAUCAGCUUUGUUAUGCUAUCUCCCAAAGAGCACAGUUGAAAUAAAUUCACAGGGAACAUGGAUGGAGAAUGAAGCAGAAGAGCUUACAACUUAAAGAUUGUUUACUCAUAAGUAUUUCUUUUAGCAGAAUUCAUGCCAAGUGAAGAAUGAGUUUAAGUUGACCAAAAGUCAUGCAACUGAUGUGAUAUAAUUGCACAGCAUAGUGAGAAUGAAGGUAUUCAGGGAAAUUAUUCAGGAGUGCCACACACAAAAAAAAUAAAUAAAUCUAAUGCGUGUAGUUUGCAAGUGAUCUAGUACUAUGUCUACUCAGAUGUCUGGGUAUAACCAGCCCUUGUUUUUGCUGUCGUGGUGACAGAAAAAUAUAAACAUGCUAUUUUUCCUCUCUGGUGUGUCUGUGCUAAAAAAUUGGUAAUUUCUGGAACAUCUUAAUUGACUUCUGUAUCUAAAUGUUAUUUAUAAAUAAAACAUAUACAGCUUUGAAAUAUUUUAA